AAACCCUUUCAGUGAAAUUCGAAGCAGCACUGCAUCUCUCCUUCCGCCUUUUGAAGUGUGUCUCUUAGACUUCAUGCUUCGUAUCUCUGACAGGCAUAGUUUACACCAGGAAAAUUAAGAUAACAAGUAAACUGCCUGUAUCAGAUUUCCAAACAGCUGAGACGCCUCUCUCAGCUGUUGCUUUCUGUGGAUCAUCUUUUGUUUCUUGCCUGGAAUAACAAUUCACAUUCUGAUGGCGGCAUCAGAAAGAGUAUCUGGGCAAGUGAUAUUUGGCAUACCGACUCUGAUUAGUAGAUGACCUGCUCUACCUCCUGAACUACAGCCAUCCCUUUUAGGAAUUACAUGAGAGAAGCCAAGUGAAAGCCGUGACAAGGACCAAGUCUGUCUCUCAAGAGAUGGAUGUGAGGAUGUUAGAGAUCCCUGCUGAGCUGUCUGCCAGACUUCACAGCACAGCAGGGCAGAAGCAGGGAUCAGGAGUCACAGAGGUCUCACCUCCACAGGUGAAAGCAGAACAUAAGCUCAACCUGCCUCUCGAUGUUGACAGAUACCCAUUCUCACGCUAUGCCAAGUCUGUAUUGAAGGAUACAUGGUGCCAGCCUCAGGGAUAUCCCCUUCAGAAACCCCUUACACCUCUAGAACCUGAAGAUGCCAGAACUGCUUUGGAGAUUUACAAACUGAUUUUGCAUUUCACAGGAGAUGUAGAUAUUAGCAGCUGGCAGGAGCAAAUUUUAGGCAACUACAUAGUGGAGAAAGGCCAAAGCCUGCCAGCCUUGAGGGAUGAGAUCCUGGUCCAGCUGGUUUACCAUACUUGGAGCCUGAAGGAGGAGCAGCAAAGCCUGAGGGGCUGGUUGCUGAUGGCCUGCUGCCUAAGUGCUUUCACACCAUCACCAUCACUGGACAAACAUCUACUCAAGUAUGUAUCUGACUAUGGUCCAGGGGAGUACCGUUCACUGUGCCAACAUAAACUGCUGACAUCUCUGAAGCUUCCAUCUCCAACCUGCCGGAUGUACCCACCCACCGAGCUGGAAUGGACCUCCAACCAGAGAAAAGGAACCAUGUUGGUGGACGUUCACACCUACAAUGAUGAGAAGUUUGUAGCUGAAGUGGAGUCUUGGACCACAGGAGAGCAGCUAGCAUCGUGGAUUCUUCAUUUCAGAGGUGUUUCGGAAGUAGUACAAGGCUGGUCAGUGUCUCUUUUUUCAAUCGAUGACGGCUGGUCUGAUUUAGCUGGCUCAGAUUUUGUCAUGGAUCUGCUGGCUGGAGCUGAAGCCGAAGUGCUCCCACCAGAAGGGACUCCCUCCUCUACUCACUCUGAUUACCUAUUCAGCAACCAGGGAGAUAGGAUAUUAACAACCGAUCUAGAUGACUUUAUACCACCAGCACCACCCGUACAAGCUCCUGGUCUACCUCCUUUUGAAGGAAACCAGUGGAGAAGAGAUUAUCCACAGGAGGGGCGCAGUCGACAGAUGGAGGCCUAUGUUGAUGACAUAUUUGAACCUGUACUGGACAAUGGACCUCCAGACAUGGAAAGAGUAGCUAUUCUGAACCGCAGGAUGAGAGGGGGAGGGGGGAUUGGACCAAUGCACUCUGGCAUGUAUGGAGCAGGUAUGCCUAUGACAAUGCCAAGCUAUCCUUUAGGAGCACCAGUCAACCCUGCAAUGCCCAGUUAUGGUACAAAUCCCAUGAUGCCAGCCAUGCCAGCCAUGCAAGCCAUGCCAGCCAUGAUGAUGCCUCAGGCUCCCAUGCCUGCUCCUGCUGCUGACCCCAUGCAGAUGGCAGCAGCAACGCAACAGGCUCUAAUCAACCAGCAAGCCCUUCUCAUGGCCCAGCAGAUGACCAUGCAGGCAAUGACUCUGUCCCAGCAGCAGGCACAGGAGCAGCAGAAGAAGGAGCAGGAGAGACUGAAAAGGGAGGAACAAAGGCAGAGGGAACAGGAAAGAAGGCAGGAGGAUGAGAGGGAACGGAGGCGUAGGUCAGAACGGCAUUCUAAGGAUCGUUCAAGUUCACCUCCCCCUCAGUCUCGCUCAUCCCCACCUGUCCAGUCCAAAGCAUCUGCACCUAAAAUCACCCAAAACUACAGUCAGCCUGAGACAGAGCCAGAAACAGAAGUAAACUUAGAUCCAGAUGAGCUACACUCUGUUAAAGAUAAGAGGGACUUCUUCCAGAAAAUUGCCACUCAGCCCAACCCUAAAGACCCUAAAACCCUAAAGACACAUCAAGCUCCCCCAAGCCCAACCAGACAGCAACAGCACUCACCUCCAUUAACUCCUCCAUUGCCCCCACCUGUAGCACCUAAGCCGGAAGUGAAACGUCCACAAAGCCCAACUGCAAGGGAAGUUGACCCCCCAAAAGAAAAACCAACCCCAACUCCCCUCACUAAGCCUCAACCUGAACCCACUUCCAGCAUUCGGGAAAUCAUCAAACAGUUCAACAGCCGACCCCAACCAGAACCCGAACCCUUUCAGCCCGUCAGACAUCCUGCAAAAUCAUUUGUAAGGAAGAGUAACCCCAAAGAGGAAGCUCUGGCUAAACUUAAAAACAAAGCACCAGUGACACAACAGAAGAAACAGUGGGUGCCUCCUCCACCCCCUUCUCCAAAGACCCGUUCACCACCGCAAUCUCCACCAUCAACAAGGGGUCGCAGAGUCAUCUCCAACAGCAUGAGACAGAAACAGCGCUCUCUGGAGGAUCUGUUCAGCUCCCAGCAGCCCCAGCACCCUCCUCCUUCUCCCCCUGACUCCCCACCACCUUCCCCAGGCUUUCAGGACAUCCCUGAGCCACCAUCAAUGGCUGCUCCAUCAAUAAAUGAUGAUAUGCCAGAGGAUGAAGGCAUUCAGUCCAAACUCCACCGCUUCUCUGCUGGGGUUUACUUCUCUUAUUACAACAUGCCAGGAAAACUGUUCCUGCGAAAAGAAGUUUUUUACCCCAGAGAGAUGUUUAACCAGCCCUAUAUUCUUAAUCUGUUGUGUGAACAGAUAAUCAAGGACACUUACUCUGACAGCUGCGAGAAGAUCAGCAGAGAGGAGAGAAGGAAGAUGAAAGAUCUGCUGGCAAAUUUCAACAUAGGAACAACUAUAAACACCAUCCAGGACAACAACAUGAAGAAGAGGAUUGUCAUUGCAGCUCGAGACAACUGGGAAAACUACUUUACUCGUCUGUUCCCUGUGAAGCCAGACAGUGGGGAUGCCCAGGUGUUGGGUGUGUCUCAUCGCGGGAUUCGUCUCCUCAAGAUGGUGAGGGCAUUGGGGAUAAACCCCAAACAUCUCCGGCUACUCAAAGGUUACAGUUUUGCAGAGGUGCUGUCAGCUGACCUUCAGGGUGAAGACACAGUGGCACUGGAGCUGAAGAGUGAAAAACUGGUGUUGCAGUCACGCAGGGCUCCUCAGAUCAUUGCUAUGAUUCAGUUAUUCAUCCAGGAACUCAUCAAGGACUCAAACCAUGUUGUUGCCCUGAAAAGUUUUGUAACAGAUGACAAGAGUCUACUCAGCUUCAAUAAGGGUGAUAUAAUCAAACUCCUGCCAAUGGAAGGGCUAGAGCCAGGCUGGCGUUUUGGCAACAAGGGAGGACGUUCUGGUCUUUUUCCAGAAAACCUCACCCAGCCAUCUGCAGCCCCAGACUACCACUGUUUCAAUCUAAACCACAGAGAUGAGAAGAGGAAAAGCAUGAGGAAGACUAGAUCUGUCAGCCCACCCAAAGUUCCAUCUCCAGCUCUCAUCAACAAACGCAUGGGCAGCCCUAAUUCAAAGCCUGGAAGAGAGGCUUCACCCCACUUAGUGCAUGGAUCUCUCCAGAGAUCACAACAGAGCUCAAUGCAGGGCUCAGUCUUCAACUUAGAGGUGAACUCACCGAUGGCUGACUUUGCCAUGAAGUACUUCAGACUGGGGACAACAGGUCUGCCAGCCAACGGAAGGAAUUUUUCACAAGUGACUGAAUACACAGAGACUCCCAUCCAGGAAUCUCUCAUUCUCUAUAAUGACCCUGAAAUCAAGGAGUUAUCUAUUCAGUGUUUCACAAACAUGAUGCAGUACAUGGGAGACAUGCCAAUGAGGAAGAACAGCAGCCAGCCAGAGUGUCUGAGGCAGAUUCUUCUGCUAGGGAAGGAAAAGGAGCUGCUAAGGGAUGAAAUAUUCUGCCAGGUUAUCAAGCAAACCACCAACAACCCAAAAAAAUCCAGCUGUUCCUUAGGGUGGCAACUGCUCAGCGUGGUGGCUGGCUUUUUCCCUUGCUCUACUACACUGCAGCCUUAUAUCACACGCUACCUCGAUGACAUCUCUCAGGAUUAUGAGCACCCAUACCAUGAAUUGGCAUCUUUGAGUCAUGAUAACCUCCAGCGCUCUCUUCGUUUUGGUGGUCGCCGCAAUAUCCCCUCAUAUCCCGAGAUAGAAGCAAUACUGGCUGGCCAAACUUCUAUCUAUAUUCCUAUCCACCUGCCAGGAGGAGUGGAAUUUCCCAUACAAAUAAAAAACUUCAGUGUCACUGAAGAUGUGGUAAUGGAGCUGUGUAAAGAAAUGGGCAUCAACCAACUCAAUGAAAUCAAAGAGUUCUCCAUCCUUGUCAUUAGACAACAAGAUGGGAUGGUGCGUCCCCUCCAUUUUGAGGAGUACCUGUUUGACUUUCUGGUGGAGGACAACUCAAGCUCCUUGUUCCUGAGAAGAGUGAUGUGGAGAAUACCACUUUCUUUCAUCAAUGACCUUUAUGUGGAUUUCCACUACCAACAGCUUCUUGCAGACUACCUGAACGGGCAACUGAUGCUUCCUCCUGUCACAGGAGGGUCAUCAACAAUCCAGCAGAUAGCAAUGCUGUCAGCCCUGCAGCAUCUGGCUCUGGGCCUGCAGGACCAGCCCUCACUGUCAGAAAUAAAGGGGUACCUGCCUCCACAGACUGGGCUCCGUAAUAAAGUGGAGGAGAUCCUCACUUUCUGUCAGGGUCGGAUUGCUGCCAUGCAGUCCCUUAGCCCUCAACAUGCCAAAGUACAAUUCAUUGAGAUUCUGAGUUCUCUUCCCCUGUUUGGAUCCAACACUUUCCAGGCUGAGAAGGUGAGCCAGCGUGGUUGUCCUUCUCCGUGUGUGGUCUGCAUCAACCAGGAAGGAUUGCUGUUCCUCCACUCUAAAACACAGGAGAUAGUGUUUCGGAUUCCUCUGACUGAUGUUCAGUUCAUGCGCACCAUUCACCCCCAAUAAAAAAGGCAAGGUGCCAGCCGUGGACAUCGACUAUGGCAAUCCAGCUGCUCCCAAAAAAAUCACCAUUCAUCUCAAACAGGCUAAACAGUUGUGCCACACCCUUGCUCUAAUAAUGGAAGAGCUGAUUCGACCGGUAAUCUCCAGUUCCAUUUCAAAGUAGAUUCAGUAGAUACAGAUGAAAAGACAGGUUUUGUUCUUUUUUAUUGUUAUUGUUGUUUUAUUAUUGCUAUUGUUGAAACAAACUGAAUAGAAACAUGCAGAAAUGAUCCUGAUAUGUGUCCUGUGUCAUAUGAAUGCAAACCUGCAACACAUAACACUCAUUAAGGAGCAUACUAAGUUAGAGACAAUAAAGUAUCAGAAUAAAUUUAAGCCUUAAAUUUGAUCAUAAUCUGAACUAUAAACUGUUGUUGGAAUGCAAAGUUGAUUAAUUAUUGGAAUGAAUGCUGAUGUCAUUUAAGUAAAUUAGCAUCAUUAAAGAUUUACUUUACCUGCUUAA